AUGGCAGCCGACUUGGAAGCCGGCGAUGAGAAGCCGGCCAUAGCGGAGAGCGACAGCCACGACUCACGAGCCAGCCAGAUGAACAGUGCAACGAUACAACCAGAAGCGAAAGCCAACAUCGUUGAUUGGGAUGGCCCAGACGACCCUCAAAACCCGAUGAACUGGCCUUCAUGGAAGCGCUUGAUCCAGGUCAUCUUCGCGAGCGCCUUCCUCCUCACGUCUAACCUUGCUGCAACAAUGUAUGCCCCAGGAGCCGCACAACUAGGCGAGGAGUUCAGCAUCACCAGUUCAACCCUCGUCAGUCUGACUGUUUCGAUCUACCUGUGUGGGUUCGCAUUCGGGCCCAUGUUCAUAGCUCCACUGAGUGAACUUUAUGGACGCCUUCCGAUCUAUCACCUCUGCAAUGUCAUAUAUAUCGGCUUCACCAUCGGCUGCGCGCUGGCGACAAACACUGGCAUGUUCUUCGCAUUCCGCGUUCUGGCUGGCAUUGCUGCCUCUGGCCCAUUGACGGUUGGAGGAGGUACUGUUGCUGAUGUAAUUCCGCCUGCUCAGCGUGGUAGAGCGAUGUCGCUGUUCGUUACGGGGCCUCUACUUGGGCCGGUGCUUGGGCCCAUCAUUGGAGGUUUCACAACCCAAGCCAUCGGGUGGCGGUGGACAUUCUGGCUGAUUCUGAUCAUAGUAAAUCGGAGUGUCGUCCACCACAGCGAUUUUUUCCUACGCGAGACCAAUGCCGCUGUGCUGCUCGCCCGGAAAACCACUCGACUGCGAACCGAAACCGGCAACACCGCAUUAGUCUCGAAGAUGGAUCGAGGGCUUACCUCCCGCCAGCUGUUCCUCCGCGCUAUCGUCCGACCGACAAAGCUCCUCAUUCUGUCGCCAAUCGUGCUUCUUCUGUCCCUUCUCACAGCAUUCGUCUUCGGUCUCCUUUUCCUGCUCUUCACGACAUUUCCCGCGGUCUUCCAGGAACAAUACAACUUCUCAACCGGUGUCUCUGGCUUGUCGUACCUCGGCGUCGGACUUGGAAUGGCAUUCUCGCUAGCGACCUUCGCCACCCUUAGCGACAGACUGCACAAAGCAGCCGGAGAUUCGCCCAAGCCGGAAGAGCGCCUGAAGCCAAUGAUGUGGUUCAUGCCUCUGGUGCCUGUUGGUAUCUUCUGGUAUGGGUGGGCUGCAGACCAGAAGACACACUGGAUCGCUCCCAUCAUCGCUGCGAACGUUGUUCUCCGACUUCUCUUCGGAGCGUUCCUGCCGCUGGCGGGUCCGUCCUUAUACGCAAACCUGGGACUUGGCUGGGGCAAUAGUGUAUUGGGAUUCAUAGGUGUUGCUUUUGUUCCGGUGCCGCUGUUCUUCUACCGCUACGGUGGAUGGCUGAGGGAGCGAUUCAAUAUGAAGCUGUAG